GUAUAACUCGCCUCACCCUGUCUCUCAUUCUUCUGCGGGUUCCUAUGAAAGUCUCCUCGUUAGUCGUUUCUCCCUGGCACACGGUACCGACUGCUGUUUUUCUGCUUGUUGGUUCGAGUGGCACGUUCAUCUUGACAUUGCACAUUUUCCAGCAUGAGUCGUCCGUUUAACAGGAAAAAAGAUAAAUCAUGGAUGCAUACGCCCGAGGCUCUGGCCAAGCAUUUUAUCCCCUACAAUGCCAAGUUUCUGGGGAACACAGAGGUUGAUCAGCCCAAAGGAACAGAGGUGGUGAGAGAUGCAGUUCGAAAACUCAAGUUUCAAAGACAUAUCAAGAAGUCAGAAGGACAGAAGACCCCUAAAGUGGAGUUACAAAUCUCAAUCUAUGGAGUGAAGAUACUAGAUCCCAAAACAAAGGAAGUGCAGCACAAUUGCCAGUUGCACCGAAUAUCCUUCUGCGCAGACGAUAAAACAGACAAAAGGAUAUUCACGUUCAUCUGCAAAGACUCUGAAUCCAACAAACAUCUCUGCUACGUGUUCGACAGUGAAAAAUGUGCAGAAGAGAUCACUCUGACCAUCGGGCAGGCAUUCGAUCUGGCCUACAAAAAGUUCUUAGAGUCGGGAGGGAAAGACGUGGAAACGAGGAAACAAAUAGCAACCCUGCAGAAAAGAAUUCAGGAGCUUGAGACUGAAAACUCAGAACUGAAAAAACAGUUACAAACGCUGGAGGAACAACUGCUCAUCGCUCAAGUUCCUCCUUUGCUUCACAUUAACACUACUAACGAGGCCUACAUGCUACAGAGACCCUCGUCUCUCUUCUGGUGUCACAAUCUCACCUCCUUCUCCUGUGUAGAAAUCUCUUCUGUUACACUAACACCAAUGAGCUCUCCUGACUCCAGUGUGUCGGCUGGAGCUUUGACUCCUCCACCCUCCAAACCUGCCUUGCCAAAGCCUUUGACUGGAGCUGGUCUCCCUCGGCCAAGAGGUGGAAACAACUCCAAAGCUCCCACAGAUAUUUUCGACAUGGUUCCAUUUUCUCCGGUGGCGCCUCUGGUUCCUCUCCCAGCCAGUAAUUCUUCACCUCAUCCACCUCCAGCCAAAGCCACUGAGAUCAGAAGGGACCUGUUUGGGGCCGAGCCCUUCGACCCUUUCAUUUGCGGUGGAGCCGACUUUCCCCCAGACGUCCAGUCGCGGCUGGAUGAGAUGCAGGAGGGGUUCAAAAUGGGACUAACAGUAGAGGGCACUGUUUUUUCCCUUGAUCCACUCGACGGUCGCUGCUGAUGCCAAGAAGACAUUUCUUUGUUUCUUAACUGUUUGCCCAUUUGUAUGAAAGUGCCAGAGUUUUGGGUCUACAGUCAAGUUGUCAGUGUUUUCACCAUGAAAUUUGUAUGUAUUUGUAUUUGGUAUCUGGUUUACAAAAAGAAAGUAUAUUAAAAAGCAGAAUGCAA